AUGCGUUCUUCUACCUUCAUUCAGGGGUUGUUGCUUGCUGCACCGGCCUAUACCGUCGACCCUGCUGCCAUCUACAAUGGGGGCUACAGGUCGGCUAAGAAUGUCGCCCUUCGUAUUGGCAAUGGCGGUGCCGGUCAGAGUGGUCUGAUUGAGGUUCUCGCCAACGCCUUCAUCAGAGCCAGUGUCAAGAAUGGCUCAAAACCAUUCGAGAUCGCCUGGUACAAAUCCGACACCACCGAGUCAAUCAACUACCUCAAAGACGGCACCGUCGACAUCGGCAUCACCUACACCCCCGCCGCCGAACAAAUCGCCAUCAACAAGGGCAUCGCCAAGUCUCCAGCCUGGUACACCUGGCGCGACCACUUCCUCCUCGUCGGUCCGCAUUCGAACCCGGCCAACAUCUCCAAGAACCAGAACAUCCAAACCCAAUUCUCAAACAUCUACACCACCGCCGAAGCAGGCAACACCGAUCCCCCCGUCCGCUUCCUAACCCGCUACGACAAAUCCGCCACCAACAUCAAGGAUUCCCAGCUGUGGAUCGAAAUCGGUCAAGUCCCCUGGGCCACCGCGUACUCAACCUGGUACCACCAGUACAUCGCGUACCCGAUUCAGGCACUGACAGCCGCUAUCCUGCUCAAUGAGUACACCAUCACUGAUCGCGGCACGUACCUGUCUAUCUCGACGGAGCUGCAGAACCAGACGACCAUCUACAAGGCUGGUACUGAUGAUGCGUCUGAUCCCCUGCUGAAUCCGGCUCAUAUUUUGAUUGGAAAAGGUGUGAGGAAUGAGGAAAUGGCUGAUAAGUUUGCGCAGUGGGCUAUAAGUGCUGAGGGGCAGAAGGUUAUUACCAGCUUUAAGAAGAAUGGGCAGCAGUUAUAUACUGCUGCACCGGAUAAUAAGACUGCUCAGUUCUGA